AAUACAGGAAAUAUAUAAAGGCUGCCUCUUCUCACCCUUCAGCUGCAUACUUCCAUUCAGUCAAAAUGGGAAAGAUCUCCUUCUACGAGGAAAGGAACUUCCAAGGUCGCCACUAUGAGUGCAGCUCAGAUUGUUCUGACCUGUCCUCAUAUUUCAAUCGCUGUAAUUCCAUUAGGGUAGAGAAUGGGAACUGGAUCCUCUAUGAGCACCCCAGUUACAGGGGACACCAGUAUUAUCUCUGGAAAGGAGAAUACCCAGACUUUCAGCAGUGGAUGGGCUUCAAUGACUCCAUCAGGUCCUGCCGCUAUCUUCCAAAUCACCAGGGUCAAUACAAAAUAAGAAUCCACGAAAGAGGAGACUACCAAGGGCAGAUGAUGGAGUUCUUUGAUGACUGCCCCAAUACUUAUGAUCGAUUCCGUUUCCAUGACAUUCACUCCUGCAAUGUGUUUGAUGGCCAUUGGAUGUUCUACGAGGAACCCAACUACAGGGGACGUCAGUACUAUCUGAGACCUGGAGAAUACAGGAGAUAUAAUGACUGGGGAGCCUCAAGCCCCAGAAUUGGCUCAUUCAGAAGAGUGUACCACAACGUUUGAAUUAACUCAUAAAUCUGUCAAAGCAAAUAUAUUUACAGAUAAAUAAAACUGACAAGUUUCAAACUGC